AUGGCCUCAAUUGUUUUGAAGAGAACCCAACAGAAGGUAACCAAGUCCACAUGCGCUGACACUGUAUACAACGCGAUAAAAGCGGGCUACCGUCUUCUUGAUGGUGCCGGUGACUACGGAAACGAGAAAGAGGCAGGUGAUGGUGUGCGCCGAGCUAUUGCGGAUGGCCUCGUCAAGCGGGAGGACCUAUCUCAGCGCAUCAUUGUCAAACAAAUCACCAAGAUGCAACUUAAACUCUGGGGAAUUGACUACUUCGACUUGUUCCUCGUCCACUUCCCCGUCGCACUGAAAUAUGUCGAUCCUAGCCACCGUUAUCCCCCUGAGUGGUUCGGUGAUGAUGGCAAGGUCUACACUCAAAACACCCCGAUGCACGAGACUUGGGGUGCAAUGGAGGAGCUCGUUGAUGAGAAGCUGGUGAAAAAUAUUGGCCUGAGUAACUGCCAGGGGUCUUUGAUCCUUGACGUUCUCCGUUAUGCCAAGUACGAGCCCCAGGUAUUGCAGGUUGAGCUGCACCCAUACCUUGCCCAAGAAGCCCUCGUCAAACUUUGCAAGAGGUUCAGCAUUGCCGUGACUGCCUACUCGUCGUUUGGGCCCCAAUCCUACGUCGAACUUGGUGGUGAUAAAGGUACUCCUUCGCUCCUCACACACGACGUGACCUCCGCUGCGGCCAAGACGCAUGGAAAAACCGAAGCUCAGGUUUUGCUGCGUUGGGCUACGCAGAGAGGCAUUGCUGUCAUUCCAAAGUCCAACAAUCUUGACAGAUUGUCAGCAAACUUGGACUGCAACUCUUUCGACCUCUCGGAAUCCGAGCUUGCAGCCUUGAGUGCACUGAAUAUUAACCUCAGGUUGAAUGACCCCGCUGACAUCGAUGGUCGCUUGGCCAUCUUCGCAUAG